CUAAGUGAAGAUGAUUGUGAAUUAUAGAAGUUUUAUUUUACUGCAAUUUUUUGCGUUUGCAGUUAGCACUUAUAAAGAAAUCUGUCAGGAGUCAUGUGAUCAGGAACACAGUAAGCAAGAUAGUCCUGUAUGCGGUGAAUGCAUCGAUAAUAGAGAAGUUACCUUCAAAAGUUCAUGUCAUCUAUUUUGUGAUUAUGAUUGUUAUUUAGUAUCUUCUGGCGCUUGUCCAUCGCAUAACACUGAAACUAGCACAGCACUUAUAACAAGUGCUCCUCCUCGGAAUUGUGAUGAUGAAUGUCGUAGUGUAGCCGUAAGUGUACCAGUUUGUGGAAAUUGCAAUGGACAUUUGAAAAUGUUUAAUAAUAUGUGUUUAUUAAAUUGUAAUGAAGAAAAUUGCGUAUAUAAGUCAUAUGGACAUUGUACACCAUCUACAACCACAACACCAGAACACCCGAUUAAAACUACAACCACAACACCAGAACACCCGAUUACAACUACAACCACAACACCAGAACAUCCGAUUACAACUACAACCACAACUACAAAACAUCCGAUUACAACUACAACUACAACAACAAAAGCACCUACAACAACGACCACAAUAAAAACUACAACAACAACCAAGCAUCCAGCAUGUACUAGAGAAUGUCCUACUGAAAUAAAUCAAGUUUGUGGUUUGUGUGAUGGUAAAGUACGUAGAACCUUCAGGAAUAUAUGCUUUCUUCGUAAGCAAAACUGUGAUGUACCAACCUGUGUAUUUCAAUCUAACGGUCCUUGUAUUACAACAACUCCUAAUCCUUGUGCUAGAAAUUGUUCGGACGUUCAUAACCCAGUUUGUGCUCAUUGUCCUGGCAAACGUAUUAAUUUCAGAAAUAUGUGUUAUUAUAAAAAAUGGAAUUGCCCUGACCAAGGAUGUACCGGAGUCACUGUAGGUGUCUGCAAUCCCUGUGUAAAACCAUGCCCAGCUACUGGAGAACCAGUGUGUGCUAAGUGUAAUGGACAGUUAAUGUUGUUCGAUAAUUCAUGUAAAUAUGAUAUGAAGAAUUGUGAAUUGAACAAUGGUUGUUAUGUUAAACUUAACAUUUUCUAUUGUUAUUUAGUAUCUUCUGGCGCUUGUCCAUCGCAUAACACUGAAACUAGCACAGCACUUAUAACAAGUGCUCCUCCUCGGAAUUGUGAUGAUGAAUGUCGCAGUGUAGCCGUAAGUGUACCAGUUUGUGGAAAUUGUAAUGGACAUUUGAAAAUGUUUAAUAAUAUGUGUUUAUUAAAUUGUAAUGAAGAAACCUGUGUAUUUCAAUCUAACGGUCCUUGUAUUACAACAACUCCUAAUCCUUGUGCAAGAAAUUGUUCGGACGUUCAUAACCCAGUUUGUGCGCAUUGUCCCGGCAAACGUAUUAAUUUCAGAAAUAUGUGUUAUUAUAAAAAAUGGAAUUGCCCUGACCAAGGAUGUACCGGAGUCACUGUAGGUGUCUGUAAUCCCUGUGUAAAACCAUGCCCAGCUACUGGAGAACCAGUGUGUGCUAAGUGCAAUGGACAGUUAAUGUUGUUCGAUAAUUCAUGUAAAUAUGAUAUGAAGAAUUGUGAAUUGAACAAUGCGUGUAAUCAACAAUGCAUGACCGAAUAUAAUCCAGUUUGUGCCGAUUGUGGAGGAGAAUUACGAAGCUUUAGUAAUCCUUGUCAAUUCCAAUUGCGAAAUUGUGCUGGGCCAGUUUGUACCUUAAAGAAUUAUGGCUUAUGCGCUACUGUAACAGAGGUCGAAGAGAUAGAAGUGGAAGAAGAGGAAGAAAUAGAUCCAGAUGAUAUCAUCGUUAUUGAUCCAUGCGAAAAGCCAUGUCCAAACACAUUUGCGCCAGUUUGUGAAGAAUGUAAUGGCAUAAGAAAUACAAUCGGCAAUAUAUGCAAGUACGAAAUCAGGGAGUGCCGCUUUAAAGCAAUCAACGCAAAAUGUUCACUGAUAAGAUUAGGGGCCUGUUCUACAGAUAAGUGCGAAACUACGUGUCCUGAUACUCCUGAUCCGUACUGUGCUACAUGUAAUGGCGUAGAAGAAACCUUUCACAACGAAUGUCACUUAAAAAAUAUCAAAUGCAGAAAAGUAUGUACUGACGAAAGGAGGGGUGAGUGUAAAAGUAAGGAGGCAAUUUUGACACCAGCAUUGAUACGAGAUGGAGAGUGUAACCAGAGGUGUAACUCAUCAAUUCAUACUCUAGUCUGUGGCGAUUGUUUAGGCACAAAAAAAACUUUUAUCAAUGAUUGUGAAUUGUUAGCAGAAAAUUGUUUAUACAAAAACGUUGUCGGAGCUUGCGUCAUAAACAACGAAGGGCCUUGUGAAUGCGAGAGUAAUUGUCCAGUAUUUCAUGAACCAUACUGUGGCGUAUGUAAUGGCACAUUAGUGGAAUAUCAAAAUCAAUGCUUUAUGGAACAAGAUAGAUGUAAAAAAAAUUGCCUCACAUGGGAGGAAUGGGAAGGUAAAUGUGUGAAACCGUGUGAGCAAACAUGUCAAGAGGAAACUAAUCCUAUAUGCGGAAAUUGCAAUGGAAAUAUGAUAACGUUUCCAAAUGAAUGUGAAUUUAAAAAUCAAAACUGCACUGAAGUGAAAAUCAUACUUCCGGAUCGUCCACAUCUUCAGCGACAUCUCCAUCGGCGUCAUCAUCAUCAUCAUCAUCGUCGUCGUCUUCUUCAUCGAAUUACACAAUUACGACAACUACGAAUAAUAUAA